GUCCUAUUCUGUAGUUGAAAAGAGAAUAAAUAAUAAAAACGAAGAAUAAAAUGACAUAAAUUGACAAUUUGUCAACCAUUAAAACUAGUUGUUUAUGAAUAUAAUAUUUCUAAUCUAUAGUAUAUAUAGAUGAUUAAACAGUUUUUAUUCAAAUACUUCCCUUGAUUAUUUUUUUUACAAAAAACGUGAACGUUGCGAUGGACGAAAAUGUAUCGGAGGUACCCUUUUCUGGGGCCGAUAUAAAACAAGAAAGAUCGGAAGAAGGGGUGCCGCAAAUUUCUACAACUAUUCCCUUAUUUAUCAAGAAACUUUGGAAAAUGGUGAACGAUCUUGAUGCCGAAAAUAUAAUAAGUUGGAAUGAUAAAGGAGACGGUUUCAUCAUACACGAUCAACUUGAGUUUAUUACCAAAUUAUUACCAUAUUUUUUUAAACACAAUAACAUGGCUAGUUUUGUAAGACAAUUAAAUUUUUAUAAUUUUCACAAAGUACCAAGUACUAAAAAUGACAUAGAGUUUUCACAUGAAUGUUUCUUAAGAGAUAUGCCCGAAUUGUUACCAUAUAUAAGAAGAAAAAUCCCAAUCAUAAAAUCAAAACCGGAAACUACGUACAAAGGUAAAGAAGUCGAAGAACUUCUUAGAGAUGUUAAAAAUCUCAAAGGCAAACACAGUUUGGUUGAUAAAGAAUUAGCUAUGCUGAAACGUGAAAAUGUCGCUCUAUGGAGAGAACUUAACUCGUUAAGAGUUAAAUACACCAAACAAUCCACUAUUAUCAACAUGCUGAUACAUUUUUUAAUAACUUAUAUCCAUUCACAUCAGAGCGCUUUUUCCAAACAAAAUAUUCAAGUUUCCGCGGAUCAACGCAGCGGUAAUAUCAGACCGCGACCCACGUUAUUAGAAAUAGGUUACAAAAACCCUAGAAAAACCACAUCUAAAAAUUAUUCCAUUUUACAACCAGGAACAAGUAAUUCUGUAACAUAUUCAUUAAAACUACCUAAAAAUUGUGGACCUGACAUUAAAAGACAAAGAACCACUGGUCCAGAUAUAAAUAAAAUGCUUUCAGUCGAAGAUCAAGUAGGAUUAUCAAGUAUGAAUAGGAUGAAAAAAUCACAGAGACCUGGAAUAACAUAUUCAAUAAAAUUACCUGGACAAAACGAUCAGCUUAAUCAAUCAGAUAUCCAAAGGUCUCUUCUUAACAUAUUGAAGGAAAAUGAACAAUUGUGUGAAGAAGAUAACAAUGACGUGAUCACAGAGCUGGAUUCUGAAUAUGAUCAUUUAGAUGAGCAAGAAGAAAUGCAAGAUGUAAUGUAUGAUACCGCUGACGAAAUUACUGCUGAAGGUUCACCUGGGUACACUGUCAGUUAUCCUAAUGAAAACCCAGAUGAACUGUACACCCAAGUUUCUGCUGCUGAAGAACCAAUACCAGAAAUCCCACAAGAAUAUGUUGAUAUAAAUGAACAAGAAUCUAAAUAUGACAAUCCGAAAAUUCUUAUGAAGAAAGUACCAAUUAAAUUGGGAUCUAAUCUAACUAACUAUACAAUUACACAUCCAAAUUUGGAAAAUUUCGAUCAGAAAGUUAUAAAACAACCUAUUAAUAUUGUCGAUCACGUAUUGGUACCGAAUAAUAACCAGCAGACGGUCCAAACUGUACCAAAAUUACCAGCGAAGAAUGUCAAUGUAGGGAAUACCACGCUAGGAAAGAAUAAAAAAAUAUUGAAAGUUCCUCAAAAAAGUGGUAAACCGAAAGCUAUGAAAAUGGCAGCAUCACCGCAAUCUAAUAAUAUGGUAAACGCUGAAGGAACUCUAUUGGAAAUACUGAAGGAAAACGAAAAGCUUAAAAAUGAUGAAUUGAACGUACAGUCAUCAGACAUGAAUAUACAGAAAAGUAAUUUGGAAAAUUUAAUUAACGACGUACAAAUGGGCGAGGCUUUUGAAAAUUUCUAUCCAGAUGAUGCCGAUACGUCUGAGAAAGAUCCUGUCAUUGAUAUUCGACCGCAAUCCCAACAGCCGAUAUCAAAUACAGACAAAAAUAUAAAAAAAGAAAGUUCCACUUUCAAUAUUUUAGCGAAUCCUAAAGAACAUUUGAGCACCUAUGUGGAUAAUACUCAAGAGGAAAUCGAUAUGUUGCAAGAUAUUUUGAACGAUUUGACGUCGAAGGAUCUAUCCGAGAUCCUGAAUAGCCAAUCGAGUCAGAUGCCUAUAAACGUGGAUGAUUUCCUGGUGGUAGAAGACGAUGUAGAUAAUAACGAAAGUGUUAAAGAAACAGAAGCUGAAAAAAGUGAAACUAAUAGCGAGUAUAAUUACGACGAAUCUGUCGAUAAGUAUUUUAAGAAGCAUUUUCUAGAUUUUUAGUUUUUUUGUUGUAUAUUUUUAUUAAUAAAGGACGUUAAUAUUUGAUCGAUUAAUGAAUUGUGAUUUGAAAUUUUGAUUAUUGGAAAAGGGUCGUCACGCUUUGUAUAAAUGUUGUAGUUAAAUAAAACACGUGAUGAAUU